UAAAUGUCAGAGUCGUUUCCUUACUGAUGAGGUCAACAACAUGGCGCUGUCCAUAGACCAUGGAUCUAAUAUAAUACUAUAGACAAACUUAAUUAUUUUUAUAUUAUGACCCGGAAUAUCUAUAUGUUACGAUUUCUUUGCUUACGGAUCAGUUGAACGGGUUUUGUGUCAGAUGCAGAAAACUUGACCAAACCACUAAAGAACUGCACUAUGUCUGGAUCAAAUGUAUGGAGUCGUACGCGAGAGAAAUUACGACGUUUCCCAGAACUUUUUGCUGAGUGUUCAUUUGAGGCUGCAGCUUAUGGGAAGUGUGUGGCAGCCACUACCACGAACAAACAGGAAAUAAAGAAGGAUCUGUGUGCCAAGGAAUUUGAAGCAUUGAAGACUUGUUUUACUAAUGCAGCUAAGAAACGAUGCCAAUAAAUGGAAAACCAAUACUGUCUUACUA